UUAGCUUUUUUUUUGUUUAGAAUAAUAAAUUCCUUUCAUUUAUUUUUAGAAAUAUCUUUCAAACUACAAACUAUAUGCAAAAUAGGUACCUUUAAUUGUUUUAAAUAAGUUGAAUAUAGUGGAAAGUAAAAAUUAUGGAUACUUUAGAAGAUAGACGGUUAUGGAUAGGAAACUUAGAUCCAAGGAUUACAGAAUACCAAUUAUUGAAAAUUUUACAAAAGUAUGGUGAUAUUGAAAAAUUUGAUUUGCUUUUUCAUAAAAGUGGGCCUUUAGCUGGACAACCCAGAGGAUAUGCGUUUGUAACAUAUAAAAGUACUAAGGACUCUGCUUGCGCUCUAGACAAAUUAAAUGGAAAAUUGGUGGGCAUCAAAAAUGUUGCAGUUAGAUUAGCUAAAAAUAUUAAUUAUGAUGAAUUAGAAAAACCCAAGCCAAAAAUAGAAAUUCCAGUUUUAGCUGCUGGAGUGUCUAAACAAAAUAAAAUUAGUAAGGAAUUGGCAAUAGAAGCAAUUCAGGCAAAAUUAGAUGCAUUGCAGAAAAAUAGUGAUGAUGAUUUUGAAAUUAACAAAACAGCAGCGAAUUCAACGCCUUUCAUUCAAAAAUAUCAAUUUAAUAAAAAUAAUACUGAGAAUCCGAGGCAAAUAAAAAAUUCUCGACAUCCAAAUCACAAAUAUAGAAAUGUAUCAAAACCAUACAAUAAAAUAAGGCCUCCUAAACGAUAGUUAUUGCACAUAUUGAUUUUAUAAGAUUUUUAUUUUGUAAUUAGUUUAAAUUUAUUUAUGAGUUGAUAAUAAAGUGUACAAAAUACUAAUUUUAACUUUUAAUAGCUUUUGAGUGUUUCA